AUGGGGUACUACCUCACAGAUGGUAUUUAUCCAAAUUGGGCUACGUUCAUUCAAGGAUUUUCUCGUGCCCAACUUGAAACGGAAAGGUUGUUUGCUAACAGACAAGCGCAUGUUCGUAAGGAUGUUGAACGUGCAUUCGGAGUUUUGCAAGCAAGAUUCGCCAUUGUACGACAACCAUCUCUGGCUUACGAUGAAGAUAUAUUAGGCGAUAUAAUGAAGGCUUGUAUCAUCUUACACAACAUGAUAGUUGAGGAUGAACGAGAUAUGUAUGUCCGAGCUGAUGUGUUACGAAGGUACUAUGAAGAAGACCUUUCGAGCUUAACCGCAACAGUGAAUAAUGGUGAACCCUUUGAGUUCCAGACUGGACAACCUUACUCCAUUAACGCAUUAUUGGGGAGAAUAACAGCUUUGCGUAGCAGUCAAAUUCAUCACUCUUUGAAAGAGGAUUUAAUUGAGCAUAACUGGCAAAAGUAUGGAGGCAAUAAUCAUUAA